AUGUUGAUAUGGAUUUCGAAAAGAUUAAACAUUAAACCAGCCAUUUUUGAACAGCUUGAUAGCCAAACUAAUUUGCUUAAUGGAAUUCAAAAGAGCGUACAGCAGCUGGUUGAGAAACAACUUGUAAUAAAUGCAGAAAACGUUGAUACGAAUUCGUUGAAAACAAUUUCACCGGUAAAUGUAAACAAAGCCAUUACAGUUACAGGUACGCACAGCAAAAUUUUAGUACAGAAAAAAAGUGAUUUGCCAUUAAAUUCAAUAAAGUCUACAAUUGAAAGUGAUUCGGAAUGUGACAAUUUUGUUUUAGUUAAGCGCAAAAAAAGAAACAAUCAUCCGAAUCGUAAUGAUAAUUCUAAUUCUGUGCCGAGGCUAGUUGUAGGCUCUCGUGCACCAACGGAAUCGAAGAUUACGGCAAAUAAAUUAGUUUUUCAAAACAGAAUAUUUCAUAUCGGCAACGUGACAAAAUGUGUGGCGUCAGAUGUAGUUGAUCAUCUCAGGUUAAGUCAGGUGGAAGUAGUUUCAUGUUUCCCUGCGUUCAAAAAAGACAAAAAUGGUGUCAAGCCAGAUGAUUCGCAGCCCUCCACUUCCUUUUGA